UAAGCCAAGAAAAGGCGAGAGGGACAGCUGAAAGUGUCCAACCAGUUCGGCACAAAGCCUCAAGACUCUCCUGGCUGCAGCAGAAGAUCAUGUAGUUUUGUAUACACACGGCAGCUGAGCGAACGUUACCUUCAUGAAUAAUGUAGUGCAGGACACACUCCUGAAGGGCAUGUCGAGCUGGAAAAGGAUCGCGACCCAGCAGAAGGACACGGCGAGAUGGGUGACAUCUCACCAUGCAGAGAGGACCCGGAACACACCUCAGCAGCCGUUCAGAUGGAUGAAAACAAUGAGAAGAUAGAAGAUGACAGGGUGUUGGAACCAGGUGAGGACAACAGUCCUACCCAGAAAGGACUGGGGGACACUGAGGAAAGCAGGAGGGAAGCUGAUGAGGGAGCGGCCGGGGAGGACGGAGAGACCGGGUCUCCUGCGGAGUCCUCUGAGGAGACAAAAGCAUCUGAGAAAGAAGGAACGGCUUCUGGGGACGUAGAGGAAGCUGCCACAAUCAACCGGGAAGAGGCGGUGCAGGAUGGAGGGAAAGAGGGGGGAGAAGAGAAUACCAAGCAGGACGAAGGGGCAGCAAAGGAUGGACAAGCGGAGCACGAGAACAGCGAGGAGGACAAGACAGCAGAGGUGGAAGCAGAGAAGGAAUUGGGGGAGAGCAGGAAGGGUGGAGAAGAUGAGGAGAGAGUGGUAAAAACAGAGAAAGAGAAAAGGGCUCCGGAGGAAGGAGCCUUGAAGAAAGGUGCGGAGAAGAGGGAAGAAGGGAAGACUGAAACGGAGGGCGGGAAGAAGGAAAGUGACAAACCGGGGAAGAAAGGGGCGAAGACGCGGAAAGAGAACGAGAAGGAGAAGGAGGCCGAAGGGAAACCUGAGAAAGCCAAGGAAGAAGGAAAAGCAAAGGGGAAAACAAAAAGAAAGGCAGGCGCAGCUCCAGCCACUUCCUCUCCAUCUGCUCCCCUGUCCCUGUCCCGUCCCCGCGGUUCCGCACCCACGGGGCGAGGAAGCACAAAAAGGGACAUAAUGGCCAAGUUCGAGCAGAACGCCCCGCAGACGCCGGUCGUUCGCAACUACAAGCUGCAGAAAUCCCCGGCGAGCGGCGCCAUCGGGGGGUCCAUCAAGCAGAAGGUGCUCCAGUGGUGUCGCAACAAGACCCGCAACUAUGAGGGUGUGUGCAUUGAGGAUUUCUCCUCCUCCUGGUCCGAUGGGCUCGCCUUCUGUGCUCUCGUCCACCGCUUCUUCCCCGAUGCCUUCGAUUUCUCAGCCCUGCGUGCAGAGGAGAGGGAGAAGAAUUUCACUUUGGCCUUCAGCACCGCAGAGUUGAAGGCUGACUGCUGCCCUUUGCUGGAGGUGGAAGACAUGAUCCUCAUGGGGAACAAGCCAGACCCCCUGUGCGUCUUCACUUAUGUGCAGUCACUGUGCCAGCACCUGUCCAAAAUCGAGAAGGAGAGGAAGGAGCGGAAGGAGAACAGCGGCGACGGACAAGGGCAGAGCAGGCCUGCAACCGAGGGGGAGGCGAAUGGAGAGAAGGGAAGCGGUGCUGACAAAACUGAGGGUGACGGCAGUGCCGUAGGAGAGGGGGGGGUGCCGGCUGGGAGCGGAGUGCAGGAGGCCGGGGAGGAGAGUUUAGCAGAGGCAGAAGUGGACGUUGAAAGUGCACGAAAGAAGGCAGAAGGAGAAGGAGGGCAGCUGGGCCAAGCUGAGCUGUCACAAGGGGAAGGAGACGCAGAGGGACGGCUGCAUGGAGAGGACGGGGGGACGGUGGCGGAACCUGCAACGGCAGCUGUUUAAGAGAAGCACAAAUGCCAGAAUAGAAAAGGCAGCAGGUGGCCGAAGAAAGACGGAAGCUUCUCGCACAGGAAGGCGGAGGAGAAAGAAAAGGGUUAUGUAAGCAACACCAUUAGCGGAGUUGGUUUGAGGUGUAGGGUAGGAGGUGUCUGAAAGCACCGCUGCAGGUGGAAAACAGGACUGAACAAUCAUUUAAUAACUGAUGUGCUACAGGAUGCUGCACUGCCAGUCAUCACUGAGGAUGGAUGGAGAAGAAGGCGACUUUUUCUCCGAAAACGAGCGGCUUUAGUGCUUGAUUUCGUAACACGGUUAAAAUAGGGUACGCAGCAUGAAUACGAUACCAAUACAGAAAUUUAUCUUAAACGCAAAUGAGGCAAGAACGAGGAAAAAGUUUUUUAAAUGUGAGAAAACUCAAAAAGUGUCAUGUUGCUCAGUGUGGUGUUUGUGAACUGAUUUUUGUGAAGUGUAGAAUAGAGUUGUGCAUUCUUUAUAACAAAAAACAAAAUAGAUGGUAUAAAAUAGCAUAUAUAUUGCCUAAUAUCCAGUGUAUGGCAUAUUAAUUAAAUAAUUUACACAAACACUUUGUAAAAAAAAUUCUCUGCCAGCUGUUUCACCACAAAACUCGCACCUUAACAUUUUUACUACUAUAUUUAAUGGAGGGGUAAAUUCUGUUUUAAUUACAGACUGAUUUAGCUUGAUUGUAAAAUAAUGCCAACACAAGUUUAAGACCCCUAAAGCAUAUCAACAAGGUCUUUUUUUUUUAAAUCUGAAAAACCAUGUUCUACCUCAGUUAUACAAAAGAGUCUGAACAUUUGGUAAAAAUAACUAAGAAAGUUGACUAUUAUCACUACAACCAAAUUGGCACCUGUAGGGUAAACCGCAUUUGAAAUUUUGUGCACUGAAUACAGUAUGUUUUAUAAAUUCAUCAUCUUUUGAUACUGAAC